GUUGGGAGUUAACCAAUGACGUCGUUUUUAGUUUUACGUCACGCCCUACUUUCAGGGACGUACUUGCUUAUUUUUAUCGACAACCAACGUAAAUAAAUGGAAUAAAUUAAGAUGCCGUUAAUCAUAUGGAUGAUACUGCUGACUCAUGGGGCUUUGGCCCAUGAGUAUAAAGCAGUUGAGACAGAAAUGUUCGCGAUACCAAUCAGCCCGAAUUUAUUCAAUUGGACCUAUCAAGAAUUUGAUCAACAAUACCGUUUCUACGCAUCACUAAUAGGUAAGCCAGAACUGCCCUCAUGGCUUCGAUACAUCUACAGUGGUAGACAUCACUCGGGGUUCAUUUUUGGUACACCCCCUAGGAAUACGGAGUCACCUAUUACGUUGGAAGUAAUCGGUCUUAACAGACAAGACUAUGAAACGCGCCGGGUUUUGCUCAACUUACGAAUUGAACCAAAAAUCAAGAUGGCGACUCAUGAAGUGGAAUUGAAAAUAGAUAACCUUAAUGUAGAGGAUUUACUUGAUGAGCAUAGAAUGACGCGUCUUAAAGACAUUCUUCGAACAAAGCUAUGGACGGAAAGCAGUGGCGACCUCUAUGCUACGUUUCUAGCUUCGGCCAUUGAUUUAGGGGCUAGGUUGCCUUUGAAACCUAGCGAUGGUGAAGGUCUAGUAGUUCGUCUAGGCAGUAUAACACCAUUCUCUAGCGAACUAAAGCGUCUCCGGGAGGAAGUUCGACCACUUUCCCGGUUACCAAGCUGUCCCCGAGAGUUUAAACGAACUACUGUGGAAAGAUUGUUCAGGGAUGCUGGGUUUACGUUGGAUUGGUGUAGUUUUGAAUUGUACAACACAAUCUACAAAGAGCGCACCACAGAGCGUCUCGAAUACCUUACAGAAAUACCGCCCAGUAGACCGGAUAAGAACAGUCUAUUCAACACAAAAGACACAUGGUCUGCUCCCAGUAGAACAGCUCUUCCGAGUAGAAGUUACGUGCAACAAUUAUCUGUGACGAUUGCUGUUCCUUUGGUGUUGAUGUUGCUGUCUGUUGCUGCGUUGAGUGCUGUAUUGUGUUUCCAUUAUGCUGCUAUACGCGAUCCAGAAUCGGAAGGUUUCAUAAACGACAUUUACCACAUCUGCGCAGAUUAUAAACGAAGGAGAGCACACAAAACAACAAAAGUGGAACUGUGUAGAUAUGGCACCGGCAACACUGAGCAAAGUCAGAUCGUCGACGAUGAAAGUACCAAGAGUUUGGGAGUAAGCCCCAACAACAGCCUCACCAGAUAUAGCCCUAAAUCUACCCCGAACUUAGCCGGAAACUACAACCGACCUCAACCUCCCCCUUACGCAAACACACUCCAUCAUCGCAAGUCACACACACAUACACCGACACACACAGACACAGAAACACACACACCAGAACACAGACAUUUGGCGCUAGAAGAAUCGCUUAAACUCCUCAACGAAGCGAAUAUAGCUAGCGAAUUUGAUAAUUUACUACUGAAGAAUCCAAUCGUCGAUUUUAAUGAUGGUUCCGAAGAUUAUGUGCCGAUAAAACAGGAUCCCGGAUAUGUUAAAUCGGAUCCUGGUUAUGUCAAAGUGGACCCCGGUUAUGUCAAAGCGGAUCCCGGUUAUGUCAAAGUAGAUCCUGGUUAUGUCAAAGUGGAUCCCAGUUAUGUUAAUCCGGAUACAGGUUUCCCGGAUCCUAAAUUUGACGGUGUUGGCAUUUGACAUAAUGAUAUUGACGGGACAGCUCCCGUCAAGACGUGGUUCUGUUGAAAUGGCGGGAAUAUUUGAAUGUUUUAAGUGUUUUUUUGUUGUUACCAAUGAUUACUUAUUAUUGUAGAAUACAGUUAAAAGAAACAUACUUAAGUAUUAAAACUUAAACUUGAACUUUGUAACUAAUUGUAAAACAAAAGUCGUAACAAUAUUCGUAAACUAGUUCAUUACGAUAAACGUAUCUAGUAUAGAAUAUUCAACAUUAAUUAACUAUUGAAUACAGUAGAAUCUUUCUAGAGUUGAAUACCUCUAUUGUUCUUUGUAGUAAAUAUUGUUUAUUACGUAAUAUAAUACGAUUUUUAAAAACAGUAGACGCACAUAUUUUGUACAAUAUAGGUAACAAAUACAAAGUUAAUACUGAUAGAUAGACAGAGUCACUUUUGCAUUUGUAUUACGUGAUCCAAUUAAGAAUAGGAACGACUGAGCGCCAUAUUGUGACGUCAUUAUUAUUAUUUAUAUGAACAUUUUUCAAACUAAUAAUAAUCAAAUUUAAGCAAUAACAUUUGUAUUAAAAUUAUUUAAGGGAAAAGAAAAUAAACUGUUAUAGAUAUGAAAAAAGGGUUUACAAGUCUUAUGUUUCAAAAUACAUUUGACACAUAAAGGUAAUUGUAUAUUCUUAGUUGUAUCGCAUUUUAAGCAUGAUUCAAGCAAGCCUUUUCCUAUUAUAUAAAAUAUAAUAUGUUAUGUAUUGUACUAACAUAAAAAGUUGUUGUACCGAAAAUUAACAUGAGCAUAAUCUAGUCAAUUGUAUACUAGUCAGUAGAUUGUAAUAUUUAGAAAAAUAAAAAUAUACACUAGUA